AAUUAAAGGUCAAUUGCCGGCCAGGCUGGACAGCCAAACGGCUCACGCUGAAGUAGCCCAUAAAUGAGGCGAUGUGAGGGUGACCCACCACAUCUAGCUAUAUGUUACUUAUUUUUUAAACAAAAACUUUAUUGCUUUCAAUGUGCGUUUAAUUUGCUAAAUAAACACGAAGAAUAAAAUGGUGUCUAUAAAUGAUACACCAUAUAAAUUAUAGUUUUUUGAUCCAAAAAUAAUAUCCAAGCAUUGGUAACAGUGCGGAUGAGUGAUAAUAGCUAAAAAUGUAUGUGACUGUGCGUAUGAGUAAUUCUCUUUAAAAUUUUCCUUUGUCGAAGAGUGGUUUUUUAUAUAAUUUCUCUUUGAUAGCGCUAACCUAAAAAAUGUUUUUUUAUUUAUUGACAGAAGAAUAAAUAUUUAGGCUUAUGCUUAACACUCGAUACGGCCGUAAACGCAUAAACUUAAAAAUAAAAAUUAAAUAUAUUUUAUUUGUUUUAAGACACAAUCCAAGCAACCGUAUGCAGUUGUUGACAAUGUAAUUGUGAAAUCUAGAAAUCAAAUCACUCAAAGCAGUCGUAAUAGCUUGAAAAUUUCCUGUAGAAAAUGGCUGAAUCGCAGUCCCUCAAUUUGAUCGAAUAUAAGGCCGGUCGCAUGAUCAUGCUGGGCAAGAUGAUCGAGCCCGAUGGGCGCAAGGGGCUAUUCUAUAUGCGCCGAACCGCCGGCGAUAACCAGGUGCACAUCCACUGGAUGGACCGGCGAUCCGGGGCCGUUGAGCUGGACAUCGUGGCCACGCCGGGUGCCCUCGAGUUUCGCCGCAUCGAGCAGUGCGUAACGGGUCGGGUUUAUGUCCUCAAAUACACCCGUUCGGCGCAGCGUUAUUUCUUCUGGAUGCAGGAACCGCAGGCGGACAGGGAUGCAGACUUUUGUCAGCGGGUCAAUGAACUAAUUGCCACCGGUGAACGGAAAUGGGAUGAGAUUGCAGCGGUCGAGGGAGACGUGGAUACGGAUAUGGAACAUCGAAAUUCUCGUCGCGGCGGCGGUGGUGAAAUCGAGGAGUUGCGAGUCCUUGAGCAAAUGCGUCAAUUUCUAGCUGCCAAUUUGCCUGAAAAGCAAGAAACUUGCUCUCAAACUAACCAAAGUUUGGCAAAUUCACAGACGGGCAGUGGAGAAGUACUGGCCUUUCAAAAUCCCGAUAUGUGGACACCAAACAUGGAAGCUAUUUUUCGUCCUCAUGCCAUCGAAGCCGUAAACAAUCUUCUAGUGUCCCCAAAGCGGCGCCAACGAUUGCUAGCUCAAUUACCCAAGGAUCCCGAAGAUGAGGGAAGGAAGGGGGAGGAGGGGGAGACCAAGAAAAUACUCGACCACCUGCAUUCCCCAGAAUUCAACGAAGCAUUGUCCGUGUUUUCCCAAGGCCUGCAGUCGGGGGUCCCCAGAUCGGUCCUGAAGCCACUACUUAAAGACAAGAAGGCCUUGAAUGCUGCCCGAGCUGGAGAUAUUGAGCGUUUUCUACGUGUCCUGCAUCGGAACCCACGAGAUUACAGUGGGCCAACCGAUUGAACCAAAGUGUCUCAUAAAUAAGUCAAAAUAACAAAAAAAAAAAAACGCAGAAAUAUACAAGUAUAUAGUACAUAUCAUACAGACGAAAUAAAAGAAUAAAAUAAAGAGAAAAGCGUACAAAAUGCAA